CCUCGGGCCCGCAUGUGAAUGUCAGAGAUUAAAAUUGGUUACAUUUCCUCACAUGGGUUGAAACAACCUGAUGUUUCUAUUGCUGAGGAACACAGUACCAGGGACUUCAGCUCCACCUCAAUAUUUGUACACCGAGACUCUCUCUUUUCUGUGGCUUUGGAUAAGACAACGGUAACACAUUGUUUUUUUCAGUCAGCAACCAUCGUGAGUGUAUUAUUGUUGUCGCAGUUCGUCAUAUUUUCCACAAGCCUUUGAGUGUCAAGGAAAAAACCUGAAAAAGUCGCCGCGCCUCUACAUGCAAGGUCUAAAAGAAGUGCCUCGAGGCACAGCUCGCAGUGAUGACUAAAACAGUGAUACGAUAUCUACUUCUCAGCACCUUUGUUUGGCUCCUCGACUCCCUCUCCGUGACUCAUACCGUGGAGGUAGAGGCGGGGGACACUGUCACCUUUUCCUGUAGAAAUGUGUCCGACGUUCCCACACUGUCCACCUGGAUGAGGGCAGGUCGCACAUCCAAGCCCUUUGUCAUCUCCACUGGGUAUGGAACUUCUCCUUCGACAGGGAGACACAGUGAUGGUAUCCAACAAAGUCGAUUUGUAGCGGAAUACGGUGCCUCUUUCAUCAAUCUUACAAUAAUGAAAGUGAAUUCUUCAGACUCUGGCUGGUAUUAUUGCAUUUUUUACAUUAGGGGGGAUUUGGUUGUCAACUCAACAUGGUUGUUGGUUCAUGAACCCCGGCCAGUGAAGUGUGAGGGGAAUUGGAUCAUGGUCGGAGGACUCUUUGGUUCAGCGGUCAUCAUCCUGGUUCUGGUCAUUGUCGGACUCGUUUUUAGAAUAGCACAUCAACGUAAACUUCAAAAAGGUCAGCCAAGUCUAUCUUACAGAUUUAACCAUGGUGUGCCCUUGUUUAAAUUGAGGAUCCAUGGUCAGGAGCUAGCUGAAGUAUGCUACUCUAUGUUGAGUUUCCGUCAGAAGAACAGAAGAGGGGGGCCCAGACCUAAGGACCUAGACACGGCUGUUGUGUACGCAGCAACCAGAAGACUUUAGGAAUCUAUCAAUCUUAACCAUACGUUGACUCUUUUUUUGCAAGACAUGGAAUUACAUUGCAUUACUAUGAAGUCAUUAAGAAACAAAUGAGCUUGCAAAUAUAUCUGGAAAUAUUUACAUUUAGUUGAUUACAAAAUGCAUGUCGCGAAUAUUUUUUUCUAGUACACAGGCACAUGUUUUGUUCAAAAUUAAUAUUUAAUAAAAUCAAACAAAUUGGUCGGUUAAAGCACUCCAUGAUUUUUUUUUUAUUUAUAUAAACCAAUGAAUUCUAUAUCAAAACAUUAUAA